CUGCUGUGGGUGGUGGCAUGUAUGUAUCAAUCAGCUCGUUUGACCUCCUCUUUCUCUUCCACAACUACCUAGCUAUCCACUGACUCACAUUACGUUUAAUUAUUUCUUAUAAUCUCUCCCUUUUUCUUAUAGCUCCUAUUCACUUUCCAUUUGGGUCUUGCUUCUGAUAGAAAACGUGCCCCUCUUCUCGGAACUUUUCACCGUCCACCUGAUGCGAGCCUUCUUUGGUAGCGACCCGGAGAACAUCACCAUCUCGCAGACAACACUAGAAGAUUUACACCUUAUUGAGAGGCUUAGUCUCCGACCUAUCUGCCAAGAUGUCUGAUCAGGCAAUUAUUCGCAUUACAAGAGAACUGAACCAGAUAGAGCAGAGUGCAGAUCUCUCUUUUGCGGUCGACUACGAAGAAUCCGAUAUUCGAAAUGUGCGAGCAAUUAUCUUAGGGCCACCGGACACGCCCUACCAGUUUGGUCUAUUUGAGUUCACCAUCAAGUUCGGAAAAGACUACCCUGCGCGGCCUCCGAGCGUAAAGGCUGUAACCACCAAUUCUGGUUCCUGUAGGUUCAGUCCAAAUCUGUAUGCUGGCGGAAAAGUUUGCUUGUCGAUUCUUGGUACAUGGACUGGGGAACGAGGGGAACAGUGGUCAUCCGCACAGGGACUUGAGUCUAUCCUAAUUUCUAUUCAAAGCCUUAUGUCGUCAAACCCUUACGAGUACGAACCUGGAUAUGAAAAUGCCAACUCGAGCUCAGAUCAGGAGCAUAUGGCUCACUAUAAGUCCAAGAUUCGUCACGAAACGAUACGCAUAGCCGUUAUUCAGCCCUUGGAGGUGGCCCUGAAUAUCUUGCCGGACGGGACCAAGAAAACCUUGAUCGCAAUGAUGGAGGAUGAUGAUUAUAUCUCAGACGACGGCAACCCUAUUUCUGAUAAUCCCUUCAACGACCUUCGGAAACGACGCUUCCUCUGGUAUUACGAAUCGUAUGCGCAAUUAAUCGACAAAGAGUCGGGAGAGUCCACGCCCAACCGUAAGUUUCAAAGAAUGCCUUUCGAGAGUAGCGGCAAUACUAUGGAUGGGCAUUUCGAUUACCCUGAGCUGAAACGGCGAUUGAAUUUUGUGAAAGGCCAGAUCAUGGAAGAAACAAAUAGUUGGCAGGCACAGGGACUACAGGCAAAAAGGGACGAAUUGGGAAUCUCCGUAAACCUCCUGCGCCAAUACGAACAAAUUGUCGAGAGUCUGAAAAGCAACAAGAAUUACUCGAUCGAUUUGACUCUUGCCGAUAACAACCCUUUCCUCUGGAAAUUUACCUACUUUGGCCGGCCUACAACACCUCUCGAAGGUGGUAUCAUCAAACUGAGGAUCCAUUUGAGUCCUCGAUUCCCAGAGGAGCAGCCCCGAGUUUUCUUAGAGACGCCCCUGUCUCAUAUUCGUGUGUCCAAAGACGGCGUACUAUGUUACUUUCCGCGAAAGACCGAGGACAUGCGUACCCACGUGGAAGCAAUUGUGGCCUCGCUGGAAGAAGAGGAGCCACCUUAUGACCCACGCACCACAGUAAACGCGGAAGCAUCGACGCUAUUCUGGGGCACUCCAGAUGACCGCAAGAAAUACAAAAGGGCGUUAAGGAGGGACGUGGAGAGAUCUGUUGAGGCCGCCUUUGAAUAAACCUCGAUGAUACCCAACGUCAUUUCGCUCAAAAUUAAUAUCCUAAUGCAAUCUCAGGUUUGCCUUGUACACUCUAUACAUUCAUAGUAUGGACGUAUAGUCCGUCUAUGCUUGGGGAUGAGGUACGUUCGGGGGGGGAUCAUACCUUUUUUCAAAGUCUGAAAUUAUUCGAAAUCUCUAGAUUGUAAUGGGGCCGCUCAGAUAUGGUUCUUCCAUGAUGCACCGCAUUAAUACGAUGUCGUAUAAUGCCCUAGCCCUAGAUUGGCAUCCAUUUUCCAUCUAUAACGCCCUUUUCCGUUCAUGGCAGCCAUUUCAAACCUCACAUUAAUGCAGAAAUUAUGCUCAACGUGACCCUUAC